GAGCACAAGAGAGUUAAGUUAAGUUAACCAAGUAGUGAGUGCACAAGAAUAUUGAUACAUAGCUUCUUCUUGUAUCAAAUAAAAUAAUUUGAAGAUAUGGUUAGAGCUCCAUGUUGCGAAAAGAAGGGAUUGAAGAAAGGUCCAUGGAGCUUAGAGGAAGAUGAAAUCCUCACAUCUUACAUCCAAAAACAUGGACAUAGUAAUUGGCGUGCCCUUCCAAAACAUGCAGGUUUAUUAAGAUGUGGAAAGAGUUGUAGAUUGAGAUGGAUUAAUUAUUUAAGUCCUGAUAUUAAGAGAGGAAACUUUACAAACGAAGAAGAACAAAUCAUCAUUCAGAUGCAUCACUUGCUAGGGAACAGAUGGUCAGCAAUAGCAGCAAAGUUACCUGGAAGAACAGACAAUGAAAUCAAAAAUGUAUGGCACACACAUUUGAAGAAGAGACUAUUGAACACCAAUAAUAACCAAACAAACUCAAAUACCAAAAAAAGAGUAUCAAAACCAAAAAUCAAAAUAUCUGAUUCUAAUUCAAAUUCAAGCUGUUUAACUCAAUCAUAUGAACCUUCUAAUGCUCCUAACUAUUUCCUUGAAAUGGAAACUACAUCAUCAAAUGACACUUUUUCUAGUGAUUUUUCGUUACAAGGAAAAAAUAUUGACAAUAUCAUCAAUUGGGAAGAUCCUGAAGACUCACUUGUGACAAUGCUUGAAAUAGAUGAAAGCUUUUGGUCAGAGACAAUAACUACUGAUGAUGAAAUUAGUUCCACCAUACCAUUGAAUACUGAAUUACCAAAUCAACAUUACCCUUUAAAUAAUUCAUUUGAAAAUUUCCAAAACCAAGAGGGUUAUGGUUAUAGUUCAAACUCCAUAGUUAAUGAUGAUGGAAUGGAUUUCUGGUAUGACUUGUUCAUCAGAUCAGGGGAAUCUAUAGAACUGCCAGAGUUCUAAGCUUUUAUCAUGAACACAUUUGGAUGGUGUUUCUAAAUUUGGCUGAAAACAAAACAUUUUUUAAAUUAAAUUUGACUAUUAGAACAAGUGAAGGGGUGCAUUGAUCCAAGAGCCAAGUUGGUCGGGCAUAAAAAGUUUGGUUUGGCUAAGGAGAAAUAAAAAGAAAUGUAUAAAGAAGAUUAAAGAAAAGUAGUUGUGCUAGCUGUUAAAAGGUGAGGGGUCAAAAGGAAAAUUCAAAUUUUGUUAAUGCAAUAUACUACGUAAAACAUCAAGUUAGAUAGAUAAAUAAAUAAGUUGUUAGAGAUUGUUUCAUUAGGUUAAAGUUAUAUCGAUUGUAAUUGUAAUAGCAAUACAUUAAAUAAUGAAGUAUUGAAAAAACUCACGUAUGUA